ACGGGAAUAUAUAAUUCUCAAAAAUCCGAAACUCAAUUUAUCCCAAGUCCAUCAGAUCUGCUUCUCGAAGACCGUUUACCGAAUCUGCUUUGAGCCAUGGAGAAGCCGUACGGAUACGCGAGCGUGAGCAUGAGCGGCAUAGAUCGCGCCGGCGGGAAGGAUAUUGACCUGGAGAUGGGAGUCGGAGAGGCGACGCUUUACCCAGGGCUUAGCUUCGGCGAGAAUCAACUCCGAUGGGGAUUCAUACGCAAGGUCUAUGGGAUUCUCUCAGCCCAGCUCCUCCUCACCACGCUUAUCUCCGCCGUCGUUGUCCUUAAUCCUCCCGUCAACGAUGUCUUGACCGCAUCUCCCGGCCUUCUUCUUUUCCUCUGCAUCGUCCCCUUCGUCUUAAUCUGGCCUCUGCACAUUUACCACCAGAAGCAUCCUAUUAACCUGAUACUCCUUGCCCUCUUCACUAUCUCAUUGAGCUUCACUGUUGGUGUCAGUUGUGCUAUGACAGAAGGAAGAAUCGUCCUUGAAGCCUUGAUAUUGACUCUAUCUGUGGUUGGGUCUCUAACCGCAUACACUUUCUGGGCGGCAAAGAAAGGAAAAGACUUCAGCUUCCUUGGACCCAUUCUCUUCACCAGCCUCAUCAUUCUUAUAGUGACCAGCUUCAUCCAGAUGUUCUUCCCUCUUGGCCCGACCUCUGUUGCCAUAUAUGGAGGAAUCAGCGCAUUGGUAUUCUGCGGAUACAUAGUAUAUGAUACCGACAAUCUCAUCAAGCGUUUCACAUACGACGAAUACAUUCUCGCAUCAGUGGCUCUUUACUUGGACAUCCUCAACCUCUUCUUGACCAUAUUGCGUGUGUUGAGGCAAGGUGACAACUGAAGAAGAAAGCACACCGAUGAUGGAUGAUGAUGCUGCUUCAGUGAUGAGAUUUUAUAACUAUUAAACAGAACCCCCAACAAUGGCUUUAUGUGAUUUACAUUUGUGUGUAUAAUCUGAUUUCUGUUUUUGAGAAUUUAGUAUAUGAUGUUGCUAUGUGGUUAAACGUUUUUGGUAAAUCAUAAUCAAGCAAAAGUCGAUUUAUCAA